UCUCGCUAUGCCGUCUAACUUUAUGAUGUAAUUUAAAUCAACUGCGACCCGUCUAAAUACAGAACAUACUAAACAUUACUGAAUUUAUUUUUUUAAAGUAACAAUUAGUUAAUUAGAAAUGCCCUGUCAAUCCAGUGUUGCAAAUAUUAAGUGUAAAAAGUGAAAUAAUGAGUAAUGACGAAGAUUACGAAUCUUUGUACAGCCCUAGCCAUUGGUCAAAGAGACUUGAUAAGGACGUCAUCGUGAAAAAUCAUAUUGAAUUUAUAUCAUAUUAUAGUGAGGAAAUACUGAAAGUAGUGCCGGCAAAUCAAGACAUAAAUUAUGGAAAUGGAAAUAAACAAGUAUAUAAUAUAAUUGGAACCGACCUACCUUCGGACUCGCCAAUAUUGUUCGUCGUUCAUGGAGGAUAUUGGCAAGCUCCUGAAAUAACUAAUCGUAACAUGGGAUUUCUGUCAAAAACUUUAUACAAUCAUAAAAUAAAAGUAGUACCGAUAGAUUAUGAUCAAUGUCCAGAUGUCACUAUUGAGGAAGUAAACAAAGAAGUAGAAGUGGCAUUAUCUACAGUUUUAGAUUAUGCAAUAACAAAUAAAUCCAGAGGUGUACAUUUGCUUGGCCAUUCAGUCGGGGCUAACAUGUUAGCAUGUUUAUUCAAUAGAUUUAUCAACGCCCUACCAACAGAAAAACAAAAGAUGAUAAAAAAUGUAUUCCUAGUCUGUGGUAUAUACGACCUAACACUAUUGCCCCUCACUACAAUCAAUGAGGCACUGCGUUUGACAGAGGCGACAGCUAGAGAACUAAGUCCACAAUUUAUGAUACUCAGUAGUCCAAGUCAUAUUAAAAUGCAUGUGAUAGUGGUGGAGAACGAUGCACCUCCGUUCGUUGAUCAAGGGAAGAAUUUUCAUGGAAAACUUGAAAAAAUUAAUAUUGAAACCGCUUAUCACUUUAUAGAAGAUGAAGAUCAUUUCAGUGUACUGGAAAAAUUAAUAGACAACGAUUUUGUAUUAACACGUAUUAUUAUGAGUAAUGUAAAUUAAUGAUAUUAAACUUUUUUAUGUUUC